UCCUUCUCCUCAUUCUCGACUUGGAUCGGAUCCCUAGGGCAAAUCCCUUGCUUCCAUUCCGUCUCCUCGGGCACUCAUGGCGGCGGCGCAGCCACCAGCAGCAGACUAAUUGCCGAACCCGGCCGCCAUCGCCCCAUCCUCCCUGCCGCAGCGAUCCUAACCCAACUGAAAUGCUCGGGCCAGGGCGCUCCACCUCCACUGACGCCUCCGCCAAGCCGAAGCGUCCGCACCUUGCAGAUGGCGACGGCGGCGGCGGAGAGGCGGACAACGACCGUCUGAGCGCCCUGCCGGACGACCUCCUCCACGAAAUGCUGUCGCGCCUCAAUGCCCUGGAGACGGUCGGUACGUGCGUGCUGUCCGCGAGGUGGCGGCACCUCUGGCGCGCCGCGCCGUGCCUGGACAUAGACGAGCGGGAGUUCACCGCCAAGCAGCCUUUUUUCGUCAACUUUACCGGCAACCUUCUCCGCGGACAUGAGGUCGCUCUCCUGGAGGACCUGAGGGUGUACCUGCGCUGCGGCGUCCUCGGGUGGUCCGCCCCUUGGGUCCGCCGCGCCAUAGGUCUGGGCGAGGCAUCGCCUUGCCGGCUCAAAAGGUUGCAUCUUUCCCACGUGUCAUCUCUGCAGCCGACGGAGCUCGCGAGCCACGUGAGCUCCCGCUGCCCUGCUCUCGAGGACUUGAAACUGCAAGAGUGCGGCUUCUUGGCCACCGGCUACAUAAGGAUCGUCUCCUCCUCGCUCAAGAAAUUGGUCCUCGACGGCAACUAUGAUGAGGACGGCGCCGAUGAGUUUUUCAUCUUCAUUAUAGAUGCUCCUGCUCUUGUCUCUCUUCUCUUGGGCACCUCCUAUGAUGUUGAUACCAUUGUUGCUCCUAACGAACCACAUACCAUGCCGUCUCUUGUUGAUGCAUCCAUUCAGCUAUCCAUUGGAGACGGCCUCGCCACAACCGCGUACCAAUCCGGUCUUCUUGCCGCUCUCUACAAUGCCACAAGCCUGCACUUGUUACAUUUUGGGGUCACUUUGUUGUGCCGUCAGGAUUAUUUGGAGUUCCCUGUAUUGAAGAACCUGAGGACCUUGUCUCUCGACGAGUGUCAUAUUUCCGACGACUUUAUGGGUCUGGAGCCUUACCUGCGCAAGUCGCGAAACCUGGAGAAGCUCACUCUGCGUCGCUGCAAGGUGUUGGAUUCUAGAUCUAAGAAGAAGAUGGGGGGAUACCUUCAUGACCCUUCCGAGGACCUGGUGGAUUUCAAGUGCGAGAACCUUAAGCUUAGUGAAAUCAUAUACCAAGAUGGUGAUGCCUCUAUCCACCUAUUGGUUAAGUUUCUGGAGGGCAUGUGGAGGAAUCUGCCAAACAACAAGAUCAAACUCACUAAAGUCGAUUAGCCGAACCGCGUGAGAAUACACUAUCAUGGUGAGGAUAAUUCAUUUUGGAAACACAUAACAAAGAUUUGUCUCUUCUAAUUUAUUAAUUAAGAAUGCUGCCC